AUGAAGACAUCUUCAGCUUACAAAAAGAUGUAGCAUUAACUGAGUUUAUUUAAAUUGGGAGAGUCAAAAUUAGACUCAGAAUUCGAUAUCAGUAAAAUCAUAUUAAAACUAAGAAACCUUGAACUAUUGACUUAAAUGAUGAUAUCUAAAUAUCAGAGAACUAUCAUUCCAUUCAUGUCAGAGAAUGUGCUUAAUUAAUAAACCAUCAGAAAUCAAAAUUCUCAAUACUUUAAAGAACACAAUAAUUUGAGUUUGUAUCUUAAGCAGAUCGACAUUUAGAAGAAAAAGAAUUAAAUUGAUAAAAGGAUAUAUAAAAACCUCCUAAAAUCAUCAUCAUUGUUAGAGUUUGAUAGAGAAUGCUUGUCUCAAAGCAAAUAAUUGAAUGUUUAACUAAAGGAAAAUCUAAAAUAGAAUAUAUUCUAGCAUGCUGUUUCAAAGGUCUACUAAAACAAAGUAUUGAGUUUUGGUGUCAAUGAUAACCAUGAAAAUUCUAAUUAAUGA